GAAACAAAGAAAGCAGAACCUAGAAAAUCCAAAAAGAUUUUCCAAAAACUUGGUUCUCUGUUUCCCUUAGGUGGGAACGGAGGUUCUUUUGUAUCUGAAAUCUUUCUUUCUCUCUUUAUUUGCAUUAAAUAUAACAUAAAGUUUUGUUGUAUUUUGUGUUAAUUUGCAUAAAUAGCCUUCUUGGUGAUUUCUUUACGUGAAAGCUUCCAAGAAGAGAAUAAAAGAUUCAAGAGACAGAAGAAAGACUACUGUGUUAUGGAUCCUUGUUGAUGAAAAAUUUAUAACAAGAACCAAUAAAGUUUGGUUUUUGUAUUCAUAUAUUUUUGAUCAGAUAGAUGGAUGCCACGGGAGGAACUGAUAAUAAAAUGGAAGGAUGGUUGUAUUGCAUUCUUGUUAAUCGCUUUGGCCUGCAAAUCUCACGUAAAAGAUACUUCAUUCUUCAAGAUAAUUGCCUCAAAUGUUACAAAACAACACCCCUUUCAAACAAAGAGGAACCAGUUAGAAGUGCAAAGAUAGACUCUGGCAUUAAGGUUACCGACAAUGGAAGAGAGAACAUUCAUAGAAAAGUGUUGUUCAUUUUUACCAUUUAUAGUACUUCAAAUCACAAUGAACAGCUUAAGUUGGGAGCAAAUAGUUCAGAAGAGGCAGCAAAAUGGAUUCGCUCAGUAAAGGAUGCUGCAAUAAAGGAGUGUCCGUGGCCAUCACGGGAUCUUGUUGCUGUUUCUAAAAAGAGAUGGCCAUCGUUAAGGCUGCAUGGUUUCAGAAGCAGCGAAAGUAAAACAUCUAUAGACUGGACGGUUAGCUCGUCCGUUCACACAGAGGCAAUGACAUCUGAUGUAAUUGCACCUUCCCCAUGGAAAAUUUUUGGCUGUCAAAAUGGUCUGCGGCUUUUCAAAGAAGCAAAAGAUUCUGAUUCUCGUGGGAAGCAUUGGGAUGAUCAUCCAGCAAUAAUGGCAGUUGGUGUGGUUGAUGGAACUUCAGAGGCCAUUUUUCGAACGCUUAUGUCACUUGGUUCCUCAAGAACGGAAUGGGACUUCUGUUUGUAUCGUGGUAGCGUCGUUGAACACAUUGAUGGUCAUACAGAUAUUGUUCACAAACAGUUAUACAGUGGAUGGCUACCUUGGGGAAUGAAACGAAGAGAUUUACUGGUGCGUCGAUAUUGGAGAAGAGAGGAAGAUGGCACAUAUGUAAUUCUUUACCAUUCUGUGCGUCACAAGAAAUGUCCGCAGCAGAAAGGAUAUGUUCGUGCUUGCUUUAAAAGUGGAGGAUUUGUAAUAACUCCUGUUAACAAAGGCAAAAAAUCGCUUGUAAAACACAUGCUUGCUGUUGAUUGGAAAUACUGGAAAUUGUAUCUGAGUCCAUCGUCUGCAAGAUCCAUAACCAUUCGUAUGCUCGAGAGAGUUGCAGCAUUGCGGGAGCUAUUCAGAGCCAAAGAAGGAGACAGUCCCUGUGAAUAUUCAUAUAAAGAGUCGGCAAGAGAUAUUGAAUUCCUUCAAGAUACUGAAGCAGCAUUGAAAAGUGAAGAGGAAAAGUCAGAGAAAGAUGUUACAACCAUAGAUGAAUUAGAGAAACCGUCUCCUCCUCGUGCAAGUUUGAUGAGCAUGAAUGAUAACUCGGAUGAGUUUUUUGAUGUUCCUGAGGCAAGUGAAGCACCGUAUCCAUUGGAAAGUGAUUGGUCUUUAGAAUUUAGUCCUGAACUUCGCUCACGGAAUACGCCCCAACAUAGAUUAACGGCUGCAAAUUUUGUGAAAAAGUUGCAUGAUCUUGCUGUUCAGAAAAAGGGUUACACAGACUUGCAAGAGGUGCCUAAGGAUGAUCUGGUGUCGUGGUCUUAUGGAAACACUCUUCAAAAAGACAAUAGUUGUACUUUGCCUUGCAGUUGGUCCGUAGCUGAUCCUUCUGCAUUUUUGCUACGUGGGGAAAAUUAUUUAAAAGAUCAUCGAAAGAUCAAAGCAACAGGCACCUUGAUGCAAAUGAUGGGUGCAGAUUGGAUGAGAUCGAACCAACGAGAAAUUGAUCUUGGUAGUCGUCCUGGUGGUCUCGUUCAGAGAUAUGCAGAGCGAGGCGGACCAGAAUUUUUCUUCAUUGUUAAUUUUCAGGUUCCGGGCACAACCAUGCAUACAAUUGCACUAUAUUAUGUGAUGAAAACGCCUAUCGAGGACAAUCCCUUGCUGCACAGCUUUGUAAAUGGAGAUGAUGCCUUCAGAAAUUCAAGACUUAAGCUCAUACCAUACAUAUCUAAGGGAUCAUGGAUAGUGAAGCAGAGUGUAGGAAAAUCAGCAUGCCUUCUCGGUCAACAACUCGAAGUAAAUUAUUCUCGCGGAAAGAAUUACUUGGAGGCUAUUGUAGACGUUGGAUCAUCGACAGUGGCAAGGGGGGUGGCCAGUCUUGUUCUUGGAUAUCUGAACAAUUUAGUGGUAGAAAUGGCCUUUUUGAUACAGGGUAACACUGAGGAGGAGCUCCCAGAAUUCCUGCUAGGAACAUGUAGACUAAAUCAUCUUGAUGUAACGAAAUCCGUCGUAGCAAACCCUUGAUUUUAACAGCCAGAUAAAAAUCAAUUUUUCUUUUUUUUUUUUUUAUUUGCUAGAUUGAAGU